CUCGGCUGCUUCUCUCCAGGAAUGGACCUGAGCCGGGCCCUGCAGUCCUGCUCCGUCGCUCUGCUGUCGCUUGCAUCGCUCCUGGGCACAGCGGGCUCCGAGUCCGCCGUCACCUGGGAGGUACAGCGCUACGAUGGAUGGUACAAUAACCUAGCGGACCACAGCCGGGGCUCAGCGGGUUCGCCCCUGAUCCGCCCGGUGCCGGCCCGCUAUGCAGACGGGGUGUACAAGCCCAUCCAGGAGCCCGUUCUGCCCAAUCCCCGCGACAUCAGCAACACCGCCAUGCGGGGUCCCUCCGGCGCCCCCUCCAGCCGGAACAGGACUGUCCUUUCCCUUUUCUUCGGUUACCAUGUGGUUUUUGAGAUCCUGGAUUCAAGGAGGCCCGGGUGUCCACCGGAAUUCAUGAACAUCCCCAUUCCCCUGGGGGACCCUGUGUUUGACCCCAACGGCACUGGGAAUGUCCUGCUCCCCUUUCAGCGCAAUCAGUGGGACAAGGAAACAGGCCAGAGUCCCAACAACCCGAGGACGCAGCUGAACCACGUGACCACCUGGAUUGAUGGCAGCUCCAUAUACGGCUCCUCCAGCUCCUGGUGUGAUGCUCUGAGAAGCUUCUCUCGGGGCCAGCUGGCCUCUGGGCAUUCGGGAGUCUUACCCAAGCAGAGCGCGGGGCAGUACUUCAUGUGGAACUCUGUGGACCCAUCAACAGGACAACACGGGCGCCAGGGGCUCUACGAGUUUGGCAAUGCCUGGGGCAAUGAAAAUAUCUUCACCAUGGCAGAGGGAGUUAUAUGGUUCAGAUACCACAACCAUCUGGCCGCCAAACUAUGGGAGGAGCAUCCGCUGUGGUCAGAUGAAGAACUGUUUCAAAACUCCCGAAAAAGGGUCAUUGCCACUUUCCAGAACAUCAUGUUCUAUGAGUGGCUGCCAGCUUAUUUGGGGAAUGUGACUGUUCCACCCUAUCCAGGCUACCAGAAGUAUGUAGAUCCCGGGAUCACUCCGGAGUUCCAGGCAGCGGCAAUGAGGUUUGGCGUUACUAUGAUGCCCCCUGGGGUUUAUAUGAGGAACAGGACAUGUCACUUCCGGGAAAUCAUCAACAUCGAUGGCAGCACUUCCCCGGCCCUUCGGGUCUGCAAUAGCUACUGGAAUAGACAGAAUCCGAACCUGCAGCGGGGUGUGGAUGUGGAUGACCUGGUGCUGGGCAUGGCCUCUCAGAUUGCAGAGAAGGAAGACAACGUUGUGGUGGAGGAUCUCCUAGAUUACAUGUACGGCCCGAUGAAGUUUUCCCGGUCCGACCUGGUGGCCCUGACCAUCCAGAGGGGCAGAGAUAACGGCCUGCCCAGCUACAACACAGCCAGAGCAGCGUUCGGCCUGAAGCCCGUCCUCAGCUGGGAGGACAUCAACCCCGAGCUGUUCAAAGCCAAACCACAGCUCUUCCGAGACCUUGCUGAUCUCUACGGAAACGACACAUCCAAGUUGGAGAUGUUCCCCGGAGGCCUCCUGGAAUCUGCCGGGGAUCCAGGAGAGCUGUUCAGCGCCAUCGUCCUGGACCAGUUUGAGCGCAUCCGGAAUGGAGACCGCUUCUGGUUUGAAAACAAGCACAAUGGAUUGUUCUCAGCUGAAGAGAUCCAGGCAAUCCGCAACACUACGUUCCACGACGUGCUGCUUGAGGUGACAAACGCCGAGGUGGGAGACAUCCAGAAAAAUGUCUUCUUCUGGGAGAAUGGUGACCCCUGUCCUCAGCCCAGGCAAAUAACAGCUGACAUCCUGACACCCUGUACCAAAGCAACUAUUUACAACUACUUUGAAGGCAGUCAGGCUGGGUUUGGAAUUGUCAUUGCAGUCCUCUUCUGCUUCCCAUUAGGGAGCUUCCUCCUUGCCUGCACUGUGGCCUACUUCCGCAAGUCCAAGUUCAAGAAGUUCCAGAAGAAACGCCAGCCCGUGGCGAAGAGUGUAGAGCUCGGCGAGGGAAUUAAAGCCUCUGAGUGGCAAAGCCUCAGCCAGCCACUCCGCCUGGUCUCGAUCAGACUGGACACUGCCAAGUGUAUCAAGGUGUUUGACACCAGGCCUUCCCCAGUCCGGGUCCUCAACUUCAACACCGAAACGCACGUGGACAUCAUCCACUCCAAUAACAGGCAGUGUAGGGCCCUGCUGCUCAAGAACCCCAAGGAAUAUGACCUGGUGCUGUUCUUUGAUGACGAAAGUCAGCGGACGGACUUCGUCGGGAAACUUCACACGUUCCUGCAGCAGAGCCAGCUGGGGCUGAAUGUGACGGAGAUGAGAGAGCAGGACCUGCUGAGGCAGGCCGUCACAAAACAGCAGAGAGACCAAAUCCUGGAUGUCUUCUUCAGGCAUGCUUUUGCACGGAUACUGGACAUCGAGAAAUCAGACGCAGGGGACUUAAGUUCGGUUUCUUCACGGAAGACAAGGGAGGCACUUCAGUGUGAACUCACUGCGGCAGAGUUUGCGGAGGCUCUCGGACUGAAGCCAGACUCCCUGUUUGUGGACUCGAUCUUUUCACUUGCUGACAAAGAUGGCAAUGGAUACUUGUCCUUCCAGGAGUUUCUGGAUGUUUUCGUCAUCUUCAUGAAAGGUACAUCCGAAGAAAAGUCAAAGCUCAUGUUCACCAUGCAUGAUGUUGAUGGAAAUGGAUUUCUCUCAAAAGAGGAAUUUUCUAGGUUGCUGAGAUCUUUCAUUGAAAUAUCCAACAACUGCCUGUCCAAGACUCAGACCCAGGAAGUCAUCGACUACAUGUUCCAGGAAGCUGGCUUUUCCAACAAGGAGGAGAUCACCUGGGAAGACUUCCACUUCCUGCUCCGCGAUCACGAGAAGGAGCUGCAGUUCGCCCAGCUCAAUGUGAAAGGGAUCGAGCUACGUGACAGGAAUAGGCAGAACAAAUACAGCCGAGUGUCCUUUCUCAGUAAAAACACAAGCAGCACCACUGGCACAGAGGGUACCAUCAGUGAUGUGGAGAGAACGGGGCAAGAUCUACGAAAAAGAGCAGGAAAGAAGUCUCAUCAGUACAGUCCUCAUGUCUACGCUGAGGCCACAAGGCAGAAGUACAACAGGAGCAAAAUCCAGCAGAAGAUCCAGCAGUUCAAGCGCUUCAUUGAGAACUAUCGCCGUCACAUCGUGUGCUUUGUGAUUUUUUACAGCAUCUCAGCAGGAGUCCUUGUGGAGCGGUGCUACUACUAUGGAUUCCAGGCGGAUACUACAGGCAUCCCAGAAACCACCAUGGUCGGGAUCUUGGUUUCUCGGGGAACGGCGGCCAGCAUCUCCUUCAUGUACUCCUACCUGCUGCUCACCAUGUGCCGCAACUUCAUCACGCUUCUGCGCGAGACCUUCCUCAACCGCUACAUCCCCUUCGACGCCGCUGUGGACUUCCACCGCUGGGUGGCCAUGUCUGCCAUCAUCCUCGCCAUUAUCCACAGUCUGGGCCACAUCGUCAAUGUGUACAUCUUCUCCGUGAGCUCCCUUAGCAUUCUGGCCUGCAUGUUCCCCAAGGUCUUCUUCAACGAUGGGUCAGAGAUGCCCAUGAAAUACUACUGGUGGUUCUUUGAAACAGUUCCAGGGACCACAGGCGUGCUGCUGCUCCUGGUCCUGGCCAUCAUGUACGUCUUCGCUUCGCACAACUUCCGCAAGACCAGCUUCCGGGGAUUCUGGAUCACCCACAGCCUCUACGUCAUCAUGUACACCCUGACUGUCAUCCAUGGCAGCUUCGCCCUGAUCCAGGAGCCCCGCUUUUACAUUUACCUGCUGCCGCCUGCCAUCCUCUACCUGGUGGAUAAGCUGGUCAGCCUGAGCAGGAAGAAGAUCGAGAUCGCGGUGGUGAAUGCCGAGCUUCUGCCCUCAGGAGUGACGCACCUGGAGUUUAAGCGGCCGCAGGAUUUCACGUACAAGUCAGGGCAGUGGGUGCGGAUCGCCUGCCUGGCCCUGGGAACAGACGAGUACCACCCCUUCACCCUGACCUCUGCCCCGCACGAGGAGACCCUCAGCCUGCACAUCCGGGCCGUGGGGCCCUGGACCACGCGACUGCGGGAGACCUACUCCUCGGAAAGCAUGGCUGAGCUGGGGGGCUUCCCCAAACUCUACCUGGACGGGCCCUUUGGCGAGGGGCACCAGGAGUGGAACAACUUUGAGGUGUCCGUUCUCGUCGGCGGGGGGAUAGGGGUCACCCCGUUUGCCUCCAUCUUGAAGGACCUUGUCUUCAAAUCUUCAGUCAAUUUCAAGAUACAGUGCAAAAAAGUUUAUUUCAUCUGGGUGACGCGGACACAGCGGCAGUUCGAGUGGGUCUCAGAAAUUAUCAAGGAGGUGGAGAUGAACGACACCAAUAACCUGGUGUCUGUUCACAUCUACAUCACCCAGCUGGCAGAGAAGUUUGAUCUGCGGACCACUAUGCUGUACAUCUGUGAACGCCACUUCCAGAAGGUGCUGAACCGUAGCCUGUUCACCGGCCUGAGCUCCAUCACUCACUUUGGGAGGCCCCCCUUCGUGCCGUUCUUCAAUUCCCUGCAGGAAGUCCACCCCGAGGUUGGCAAAUUCGGCGUGUUCAGUUGUGGUCCUCCAGGCCUGACGAAGAACGUGGAGAAAGCCUGCCAGCAGAUCAACAAGAGAGACAUGGCCCACUUCAUCCACCACUAUGAGAACUUCUAGCCGGCGCGGAGGGUAGCUGUGACAAUGAAGGAACACACCCAUGAAGAACUCCAUGUCAGAGCACCGCCACACCACAAGGCGGGGGAACAAAUAUACGAGCAUGUGCAACAGAAGUGCUGUGGGACUCAAAUACAGAUAGAUACUGGUAGAACUGAACCCCCCACAGUGUCAAAGUCACAGCUUUUAUUGAUACAGUCACCUGAAAAGAGAAGAACCCCAGUUCUCUGGCAGCCAAGGCUAAUUGUCGGAGAAGUUUAUACUAAUAGAGAGGCGUUUUGAAAUUGUGACUUACUGUUUAUCUUUGCUACAUUCUAUAGCACGUAGGUCUUUUACUGCUGAGGAAACUCAGGUGCACAUGAGAUACUCCAUUUCUUUUGUUAAUCAAACAAGUGAAGAGCAGAGAUCUGGUGCGAUCACCUACUGUACCUUGUCUUUUCUUUUGUUUUUAUGAAUUGCUGGGCACAAAUCGAAUGGGAACAUAAUGAAGUAAUUUUAAAUUUAUUUUAUACAUCUGAAGAUUUUAUUCGGCUUUUAGCGAGAAUCAGAGCCAUUUAUUUUUUGAACAGAGAAAAUCGUUUUUUAAGCUGUAACCAAUACCUGUUUUUGAUGAAAACCUUUUCCUUUCAGAUUUUGUUCAUAUAGUUCAUAUAACCGAAUAGUUAAUAAAAUCUGAUGUUUUAACCCUACCAAUCGUGGUUUGCCUUUACUUUAAUGCUACAACAAUUAUCAAGACAAACGUUCAUUCUGAACUGAUCUUGCAUUGCUGUUGAGA